AUGGAGAAGGAACGUCAUCAUAUUCACGACGACGACGAUGAAGAAAUUUGCGACCAGAGGAAAUCGAGAACAGCUAGGCAGGCGUUAGAAGAGUUUUUCUUCCCGCUGUUUACGAACGAGAAAGAAGAGGUCUCGGAACGAUGUCCGUUCAAGAAAAGUAGAGAUGUAUAUCGAGAAAUCGAGAGCAGAAAAACGCGUCGGCAUAACAAAAGGAAAAAGGAGGAAGAGUGGAAAGACGUGGACGGAAAGGUAUUUAAAUCUGAAGCGGAUAUCGACGCGUACCUGAGUGGACGCUUUUUUAAAAGCACGAAAGGAGAUGUCUGUCUCGCAGAUUAUUGCGACGUUUUACAGUGCGACGAGUAUUACGAGUCUUUAGAAACGUCUUCGUCGUCCUCGACAUCCUCCGGAGAGAAGGACUACGCCGCGAAAACGAGAGCCGGAGCGCACUGUUACGCGUUGACGAAAACGUGCUUUCCUGAACGUUCAGAGUCUGCGGUGCAAGAGAAGAACGCGAGGCGGUUUGAGAGCAUAUUUUGCGACACUUUCGUUGGCUUGCACCAAGAUGGACGGAAUGCAUUCGCGCAUAUACGCAAACAGGAGUAUAAGUAUCCAGGACACGUUCGCCACGCGAAUACGAACAUCGACGCUUCCGCAUCACCUUCCUCAUCAUCAUCAUCAUCAUCAUCUUCAUCAUCUUUCCUCAUUAUAUCCACCCUUUUCACAUUCCUUGGAUUUAUAUUCUAUCUCCUCUUCUUUCUCGCGCCUUCCAUCAACCGCCGCGCGAGCGGCUCAGAUUUGAAAGCGAGAAAAGGAAGACGGACCGCGUCGAAGAAAAAGUCGACGAAAGAUGUCGCGUUUGAUUUUUUUAAUCACGCGUUGAUCUUGUCCGGUUUUAAACCGAAGAAGAAGCGGUAUUAG